AUGCCGAAAUUUCGAGACAGACAAAAGUUCCAGCCGCAUGCCACGAUCAGUGCAUGGCUACCGACUCGGUUCAAGGCCCGAACAUGGAUCAUUUUAUCUGUUUUAAUGGUGUUCUUGUGGUUCCAGCUAACACCGAGACAUAAUGAGAAACCUCCAAGAGAAAAUGGAGUCAUACUGUCACUACUAAGGAAUGAGGACCUGCCGGAACUCUUGGAAACGUUAAAGAACUUUGAAGAGCGAUUCAAUCAUCGCUGGCACUAUCCGUAUCUGAUGCUCAAUAAUGAGGAAUUCUCCACUGAAUUCAUGGAAUCUGUACAAUCAGCCACCGAGUCACAAGUGCAAUUUGGUCUGGUGGAGGACUUUGACUUCCCGGACUUUAUCAAUCAGACUGAAGCUAAGGAAUUCAUGGCCAAGUCUACUAUUGAGCAUGGUAACGAGACUGCCUACCAUCACAUGUGUCGGUGGUUUUCAUAUCCCUUUAUAAAUCACGAACUGCUAGCACCAUAUCAUUGGUACUGGAGGCUGGAGCCUCACGUCAAGUUUCACUGUGACAUACCAUACGAUCCCUUGGCCUACAUGGCUAAAAAUCAUAUACGAUACGGGUUCGCCGUUGUUUCGAGAGAACGGCCUUAUACCCUGCCCAGCAUUCUUAGGGCAACAAAAAACUAUUUAAAAAAGAGAAAUCUUGUAUCUACUGACUUGCUGGAUGAGUUUGUAUUUGAGGAAGCUGCGGAUGGUUCCUUUGAAAUCUGUCAGUUCUACAACAAUUUGGAGAUUGUGGAUCUGAGUCUCUUACGAACAAGGGCUUACUACGAGUAUUUUGACUACAUGGACCGUUUGCUAGGAUUUUAUCUUGAAAGGUGGGGUGAUGCACCCAUUAGAACAAUAUAUGUGGCCAUGACUCUACCAAGGUCGCAGAUACAUCACUUUGCCGAUUUUGGCUAUGAACAUCAACUACAGACCAGCAUAUUGUGUGCCGGCGAGACAUGUCUAUGUCCCAAAGGGCCCAUUAAACAGAGUAUGGAUAUAGGGUUUAUGCUACCACGGACUGGAGAGCACUCGCACUGUAUAGAACGGUGGGCCAACACCUCACAACUACUUAAUCUGCAUAAAAAAGCACCAAUGCCGCAGCUGGAAAAGCAAGGUGCAAAGACUAACAAGAUGAAGGCUGCGGCCAAAUAG